AUGAAGAUUGAGAUUGAUAAUGAUGGUAGAGGAGGAGGAAAUCAAAACCGACUACCUACACCUCAAUCAUUAUUGACUCUACAAGAAAGAGAGUUGAUGAUGAGUAGAGCAAACAACAAUAACAACAACUCUUCCAUCUCUGACAAUAUAUUCAAUUGUAUCAAUCAAAACAAUGAACAACAAGCAAUCACACUGCUAACCAAUGAACUGUCAUUGUUGUUUGCCACAGAAGAUCACUAUGGUCUAACUAUUCUUCACUUGGCAUCACAAAAGAGAAUGGUUCGAUUGGUUGAAUCUAUCGUUCAACUAGCCACCCAAAACAACAAAAAUAACGAUAGAUUUAGAUCAUUUGAUUUCAACAUAUUAGAUAAUAAUAAUAAUACUCCUCUACAUUAUUGUUGUUCAACUAUCAAUAACGGUAAUAGUAAUAAUAGUAAUAAUAGUAUAUCAACAACAAAUAGUAAUAUUUUAAAUGAAACUGUUAGAUCCUCCUCUUCUUCUUCAUCCUCUUCUUCUUCAAUUCAAUCAGGAUUUAGUUUAAAUAAUCCAUGGAAUACAAGUAAUCAAAUUGGUGGAGGAUACUUUGAAUCAAUUGAAAAGGUUGAUGAUUGUUCAUACGAUAUUUGUAAGAUACUAUUAGAGAAUGGUGCAAGAUAUGAUAGUGUGAAUAAUGUAAACUUUACACCGAUACUAUUGGCUUCAAAGAAUGGGUUGUUAAGAGUGGUUCGGUUACUUUUGGAUGCUGGUGCAGAUGCAUCACUCAUUCAUAAAAAAGUGAUUGAUAGUAACCAAUUCUCACUUCAACUCAAGUCUCUACUCCCCCUUACAAAAUAUGAAUCAAAUCGUCAAGAAGAAAGAAAGUCAUUAGUAAUCAAUAAAUUAUCAACAACCAACAACAAUAACAACAAUGAAAAAGAAAAGAAAGAAAAGAGAGAAAAGAAGAAUAAUACCAACACCACAACUACUACUGUUACAACAAUUAAAAACGGUCCAACAUGUUUACAUUAUCUAUUAUCAAAUGUAAAUUUAUUAUUGGAGGAAUUACAAUUUAAAUUGUUGGGUCAAGAAAAAGAAAAAGAUGAAUGUUUGACAACAGUUGUUGAACAAUUGGUAGAUUCUUGUAAAUGGUUAGGAUUGGUUAAUCUAUUACUAGAUUCAAACACUAGUGUGAAUAGUGUGGAUGAGACAACUGGUAGAACUGCAUUCUCUUCAUUUAUUUGUAAUUGGACUGUUCAACCGAUCAUUGCCGAUCAGGACGGAAAUCUAUUGGAAACAACAGUCAGUCCUAGAAUGUUGGCAUGUUUGUCAUUGGUAGUACAAAGAUUAAUCACAGCGUUGUCAAAACAUUCAUUUGAUUUCAAUCAAUGUGAUUUGAAUAGUAUCGAUUCAAAUAUAGAAGGUGAAACACCGUUAAUCUAUACCACCCAAUUCACACCAUCAAACAAUACAAGUAAAAGAUUACUAUUUGAUGAAUUAUUAUACUUUUUUACAAAAACAAAAAAUGAAGAUGAAAACAAAUCAAGUAGGAUGUUGGAAUCAAAAAAUCAAAAAGGUCAAACUGCAUUAUUUGUAUCAAGUCAAUUGGGUAAUAGUUAUGCAAUGGUUAGACUGUUGUCUGCAGGUUCAAAUGUAGAUGAAUCUGAUACCUAUGGUAAUACGGCGUUACAUGAAUCAAUCAUGUUUGGACAUUAUGAAAUAGCAUGUCAACUCGUUCGAUGUGGAGCCAAUGUCAAUUUGCCAAUGUCAAUCUAUCCACAAUCCUAUCCUAUUCAUCUGGCUUCCACAGCUGGUGAUUUGGAACUAUUAGAUUGUCUCUUGCAACACGGUGCAUUGAUCGAUAGCAAAGAUGGUGAACGGCGUACGGCUCAAGACCUCUCCACUGACAAUGAAGAAGUGUCUCUAUUCCUAGACAUGCAUAUUCAAGUGACACUUGUUCAUCACACAUCACUUGUCAUUCCAAAAUCAGAUUUUACAAAUCAUUUACAAUCAAAAAUUAAUUAUCUUUAUCCAAACAACUAUAAUAAUAACAACAAAAAUAAUAAUAAUAAUUUCAAAAUUGAAAAGGAUGUAGAUAAAUUAAUCAUUCAUUUAAAUAAUCAAAAUAAUAAUAACCAAAAUAAUCAAAAUAAUAAUAAUAACUCGAUUAGAAUUGGAAUUAGAAAAAAGAAUGAUCAAUUAUUUAAAAUAAUCAAUUUAAAUCAAAGAUCAUAUUAUCAUUUAAAAUCAAUUAUUUAUCAAAGAUUAUUCACAACUGAUUCAAUCAUAGUCACACCAUCAUCAACCUCAACAAAUUUGACAGAACAACAAGAGAUUGAUAAAAAGAUACAAAAUAUAACAUUAUUACCUGAUAUUUUAAUCAGUGACGACACUGAUCUACUAUAUUUAAAGGAUGGUGAUAGAUUGGAAAUUGAUUAA